AUGGACAAUCAGUUGGGAGAUAGCCUAGAUACCAUGAAUGAAACAGUAUCAUACCAAACUAUAGAUAAUAUGAUGACUAAAACAAUUGCAAAAAUCAAUACAGUGUCUAUUAGUACAGAAUAUCAGUCAGAUUCUGGAGAGUUAUCGAAAACGCAAAGAACUGAUGAUCUUUCUGAUAAUUCCCAAAAAAGUACUAUUAGCAACUCAUUAUAUGAUGAUAAUGAUGGUGAAUUUGUUAAUUACCCUGAAAUCCUGUCAGUUCUACAGUCAUGGUCAAGCCGGUUAGGAAGAAACGCAGAAAUGUGUAACUCCAUGAAUGAAAUUUUCACAGAUUUAUGUAAAAUAGAAUAUCAGUAUGUUGAGAGUUUGAGGAAUCUUAAAGAUAAAAUAAAUUUAAAGACAAUAUUAGAGUGUACAGAAGGACUCUCUACAGUUUCAAUUCUAUCAGCCUUUAAGUCAUACCUCACUAAAAUGGCUGAAAACCAUGCAGAAUUCGUGGAUUCGGUCUCAAAUGAAUGUUUUUUUGAACAAAAUAAAGACCAUGGGAUCAAAGAUGUAGUUAGUGAAAUUGAGUUGUUGAAGAAGGAAGUUGAUAAAUAUAAAUCUGACAAAGUAGUUUGUUUCUCAAAGAUGAAAGAGUCUUAUUUCAACGCAAAGAAUGCAGUUACGCUCUGUUUGGAUGCAACACACCAAGCGCCUUCAAUUAAAACAUCAGUACACAAGACAGUAAUACCAAUAAUACUAAACUUUAUAAAGAUAAAUAACAUGGUGUAUAAGCACGACGAAUACAACCACGUUGUGGAAUUCAAUAACAAGAUACAAUCCUUGGUGAACUCACUAAAUGAACUUGAAAAGACCAGAUGUAACCAAAUUAACGAUGUUGUGAGUAGAUUUAUGGUUUGCGAAAUGGCGAAGCUAAAAAACCUUGAGUACGACCUCAACUCUCUGAUUGAAACGCUGAAUAACUUUGGUUCAAAGGACUUAGAAAAUACUUUCCCGGGAGAAAAUAUGAACAGGAAUAUGCCGCAAAUCCAGGACAAUUGUAAAACCAAAUAUUCUGAAUUUUCCAGCAAAACCAACAAAGUAACGAGCUUUUUAUUCCCAUCAACAAUAAUUCGACCACCUCCAUACAGAGUUAUAUCAAAGGUAGAAAAUGAUAUUCAGAGGUUCCUUGAGUGUGUUUGGGGAACAUCAGAGGGUUUGGCAAUAAAUGAGUUUAGAGAUGAAAUUCAAUCAUCAUUAGUGCGUCAAGUUUUCUGUGACUUACUUUCAAAGAACAUUUCAACUCAUUCACAAAUAAGAUCAAAGGAUCAAUUCCAAUUUUUGGUUGAAAUGGUUAAUUCUAUUUUAUCGGUGUCUGAAAGACAAGCAGAUUAUUGGUGCGGUUACUCGAUCCUCAAAUUCUCCGAUAAAUAUCAUUUAUGUGAUGAAGAUGGAAAGUGUUAUUUAUGGUCAAGAAUAUGUUCUAAUAAUUAUUGGAAAAGUAGAGUGUUCUGGGAGGAAUGCCUAACAAUUAUACUUUCCCUAGACUUGAAGGCAAUAUUUGAAACGUCAAGUUGUUUGGAAAAAACGUUGACUCUAAUAAACUGUGUUCCUAGCACUGAUGAACCACAUGGGUUCUGUGAUUGGAUGACCAAGUACGGGUUUGAAGAUAAAGAAUGUAAAAAACUAAUACAUGAAGUUUUCAUGAAAUUCAAGGUCCCCGAAUCGUACUUUAACUCAUUAAUCGUUAAUGAGUUGUGA